AUGGUUAAGGAUACGAGGAGUAGAAUGAGCUUUUUUGUUGUUGGCUUGGGUCGUGCUUCAACCAAAGAAGGUAGGGUUGCAAUGGUGAUUGGGAACAUGCACAUUUCAAGGUUAAUGGUCUAUGUGCAACAAGUUGAAGAAGUAAAGCUAAGGGAUAUAGAGGAGUACAUGAACAAGAAAUCUAAGACUGAAAUAGAGGUGAGUAUAAUGGCCAGAAUUCUCAGAACUUCAUUGCUAGGACAACCCAAUCCCAUGGUAGUAUGGAACAAGGAGGAAUUUUUGGAUCCUACAUGUGCUAAGUGUUGUAGAAAACACCCCGAUAAAUGUCAUAAUGGAAAGGAAGGUUGCUUCAAGUUUGGUCAAGAGGGUCACUUCUUAAGAGAGUUCCCUAAGAAUAAGCAAGGUGGCGUAAAUCCGGAAAAUAGGGAUCAAUCUUCAUCAGUUGCUCCACCAGACAGGGCUGCAACUAGAGAAGCCACUUCUGGUAUUGGCGGAGGGGAGAAUUGUCUCUAUGCAAUCACAAGCCACCAAGAGAAAGAGCACUCUCAAGAUGUUAUCACGGGUAUGAUCAAAGUCUUUACUUUUGAUGUUUAUGCUGUGUUAGAACCAUGA